GUAAAAACAGCUCUCAACAACCAGUCUACAGCCUGCGACGGUUGGAAGCAGUAAUGCACAAAAAUUGGCCCCUAUUUGACUCUUAGAUGAACAAACUAUAUGAUCAAAACUAUAAUUCAGUGCAUUGACUUAUAGUUGCACUUCACAUGUCCUCUCCGAAAUCUUUGCACCAGAAAAAAAACAAAGAAAACACCACAGCAGCAGAAGCCAUACAUAUAUCUAUUUCAUAUAAUGCAGAUUCAUCACCAUGGAUGAACCUCUUCUCCCCAAGACGGCAGCAGCAGCAGCAGCAGAAGCAUCCAACAAAUCGCCAUUAAAGAAAGAAUUCCCCUCUGGUUUCCUCGACAUCAAUACGUCCACCGCUCAUCUCAUCAACGACAGCAUAAUUCCCAUCAUCACAACACCCAAUUCUUCUUUCAUAAACCUAGUAGCCAAUUUAAACAAAAAGAAUAGACUCUCCCGGAGGUCAAACUCGGCACCUUCCAUUAUAACGGACGUGAAGGAAGCCUUUCAGGAUUCUUUGGACCCAAGACCUGCAAGAAAAUCAACACCUGUAGUCGUCAGGCAAGCUUUCAUCGGUAUUGUCAUAUAUUCCAUAAUUGGCACCACAGUAUAUUUAAUGAAAAGUGGAAGUUUCAAAGGCACUGAAACAGUAAAGCCGGUGGAUGCCCUGUACUUCAGUGUGGUCAGUCUUUGUACCAUUGGCUACGGUGAUAUUGUCCCAGACACAACAUUCACAAAGCUAUUUACAUGUGCCUUCAUCUUAGUUGGUUUCGGGUUUAUCGAUAUAUUGCUUAAUGGGUUGGUUACAUAUGUUCUGGACAGACAAGAGACAGUAUUGUUGAGCACUGUUGAUGAGAAUCGAUUAAAUAUGGUUCGAACAUAUAUGAUAGAUACUGCAAAGGGGCGAAUGAGGAUAAGAAUGAAAGUAGGGCUGGCUUUGGCAGUUGUGAUCAGUUGCAUUGCAAUAGGGACAAUUACAGUGCAUUAUUUAGAGGGAAUGAGUUGGGUUGAUAGUUUUUAUCUAUCCGUAACGUCUGUGACCACAGUGGGUUAUGGGGAUUAUGCCUUCUCUACGCUAGUGGGCAGGUGUUUUGCUAUAGUUUGGCUAUUAGUAAGCACACUAGCUGUUGCGAGGGCCUUUCUGUAUCUGACUGAGCUAAGGAUUGACAAGCGUAACCGUAAGAUUGCCAAAUGGGUUCUUCAGAGGAAGAUGACACUAGGGGAUUUAGUGGCUGCAGAUCUUGACCAUGAUGGAGUCAUCAGUAAAUCUGAAUACGUCAUUUACAAGCUUAAGGAAAUGGGGAAAGUAUCAGACAAGGACAUCUUGCAAAUAUGCAACCAGUUUGAUAUGUUAGAUAACAGCAACCAUGGUAAAAUUACUGUUGCAGAUCUCAUGGAAAGUGACACUGAUUGAUCCAAAGCUAUCUUCCUUAUUGGAAAGGAAAAUGCCAAGUUGUCGAGAUCUCGUGCCUUGGAGAUGGAACCCUCCACAGACUACAGAAACGAAGAAACAUGAAAAUACCUUCUGUUUCUAAAAUAUAGAAGAAUAGAAGAGGGGACAAGAUGCUAUCCUAACUGUUAAUCUCUUCAAAAACCAGUCAAAAUGGCUGCACUAACUGGAGUUAUUAUUUGCAACUUCUUUCAUAUAAAAAGCAAUCCCCAGCUUCAAAAUUGUUUCCCAUUAUUGUUUCUACCUCUAUCUGGGCUAUCUGGAGAGAAAGGAAAUCAAGAUUGCAUCAAGGGGUAAUAUAGGUGUGCUGUUGGCAUAACCAGAUUAGUUGUCUUUGAGGUGAUGGAAGUAGCUGCUAUUCCUUCCAUUGAUGAUCUUUGUAAUCAGUAUUAGACUUGUGAUUUUCGUGUUUUACACUCACUUCCAUGUUUAUAGGAAGUGGUCUUUUUCAA